UAUUCCUCUUUCUCGGUUCGCUGCAUCUCGUCUUCCUAUUGUUUUCUUCUCCUCCGGUCACCGUUUUCUACCGGCCUGCCAUUCCACUGCGAGUAAGCUCGAUUCUCUCCCCGACGUUCUGGAUCUCAUGGUCGAAGGGGGCGAGAUGAAGAACUCGGUGUCGGAUCGGAAUCUGUUCAUUGAGAGCGAGGAUGAGGAGGACGAUGGAGUCGACCAGGGCGAAGUGCGAAAAGCGCGGCCCUCGGCCGCCGGAGACGACUCCGACGGCUCCGAUUUGUCUUCCGAGGACGGGGAUAGCGCGCCGCGUAGCAGGCCCGGCUCUUACUCCACCAAUUGGCCCCAGAGUUACAGGCAAUCCAUGGACAUGUAUGGUAGCAUAUCAUCACCAAACAUAGGAUUCUUGGGGACUCCAACUCUUAGCAGAUUAUCUAGCUCCUUCAUUUCUUCUUCAUUUCGGUCUGCCAAACACACACCGGAAAUCGUUGCAUCACUAAUAAAGCCUUUGUUACCCACCACUGUAGUCGAUCAGCAAAAACAACAACAUGUUGAAGCAGAAACAAGGCGGAGCUCACACUCAUUGCUAUUGCCCUCAAGGAAGCCAUCCUUGGCAAAGAUACAAGAGAAGGCCUCUCACGAAUUUCCUAUCUCCAAAAAUUGUUCCUAUGGACAGUCAGUGUUCAAUGGAAUUAACGUACUAUGUGGUGUUGGGAUCCUUUCGACUCCUUAUGCUGUCAAAGAAGGGGGAUGGUUUGGCCUGUCCAUACUGUUAACAUUUUCUGUACUGGCCUGGUAUACUGGCAUUCUGCUGCGCUACUGCUUGGACAGUGAGGAAGGACUUGAGACAUAUCCUGAUAUCGGACAGGCAGCCUUUGGCAUGAUAGGCCGCUUUGUCAUCUCUAUAAUUCUAUAUCUGGAGUUGUACGCUUGCUGUGUUGAGUAUAUUAUACUAGAGAGGGAUAACUUAUCAUCAUUGUUUCCAAAUGCACAAUUGGAUCUAGGCGGACUACAUAUGGACUCUCAUCUUUUCUUUGCCAUUUUAACCACUCUUCUUGUUCUUCCCACAACUUGGCUUCGAGAUUUAAGUUUUCUUAGUUAUCUAUCAGUUGCGGGAGUCAUUGCGUCAGUGUUAGCAGUCCUAUGCUUAUUUUGGGUGGGUGCAUUUGAUAAAGUUGGUUUUGAAAAUACUGGAACUCCACUAAAUCUGCAAGGUAUUCCAAUUUCAAUUGGCAUAUAUGGCUACUGCUAUAAUGGUCAUGCUGUUUUCCCAAACAUAUAUUCCUCACUGAAGAAACCUAGUCAAUUCCCAAUGAUUCUCUUUACAUGUUUUGCAAUUUGCACGAUGAUGUUUGUGGGGGCUGCUGUUGCUGGCUAUGCUAUGUUUGGAGAGUCAACUACAUCACAGUUCACCCUAAACAUGCCACAGAAUCUUAUGGCUUCCAAAAUUGCUGUGUGGACAACGGUGGUGAAUCCAAUUACUAAAUAUGCAUUAACUCUUACUCCUCUGGCUAUGAGUUUGGAAGAGUUGAUUCCAUCGCGCCAUAUGAAGACACAUUUAUAUCCAAUUAUGAUAAGAACAACACUAGUUCUUUCUACCCUGUGUGUGGCGCUCUCUAUCCCUUUCUUUGGAUUGGUGAUGGCUUUGAUUGGGUCUUUGCUCACCAUGCUUGUAUCUUUGAUUCUUCCUUGCGUUUGCUUUUUGAGCAUUCUACGCGACAAAGUCACAAGGAUUCAGGGUUUGCUGUGCAUUUUCAUCAUCACAAUUGGAGCGGUUUCUUCCGUUUGUGGUACCAUCUCAUCCGUCUCAAAGAUCAUCGACAAAUUAAAUCAAUGAUAUGCCUCCAAACAAAUUUGUUGUUCCUUGUUCCUCGUUGUUUUAAAUUUUAUUUAAUAAGUUUUGAUUUCAUUUACAAUUCCACAUAACUGAAUAUUUAUUGAGCUAUGAGCUACAUUGAAUGCAAAAUAAUAAAAUGUGUUUCACUAUCUAUUCAA